AUGACACAGCAUCACACUGGAGAUGACGUCACUUUGCCUUGUGAACAUGUGACAGACGGUCAGAGAGCGUGUGACAGUACUACCUGGAUCUUUAUUUAUUCAGGAUACUCAGUGGAGCUGGUUAACCUCGGGGAGAUUAAAGAUAAUAUUCCUAAAGCUAAACCAGACAGACUGAGUGUUACAGAGAACUGUUCUCUGGUUAUAAAGAAGGUCACAGAGGAGGAUGCUGGUCGUUACACCUGCAGACAGUUCUACCCAUCAGGACAUCAACAAGGUCCAGAUGCUGUGGUUGAUCUGUCUGUUGUUACCAUGACUGAACAUCAGGACAGUGAUGAGGUGACGUUACACUGCUCUGUGUCCACAUAUGAACCAUGUAGACACACAGUGAAGUGGCUGUUUAAGAGUCAUGAUGUGGAUAAAGAUCAUAAAGAUUUGAGGACAUCCCAGUCUCCCUGCUCCUCCUCUGUCACCGUUCCUGCUUCUCAUUUUAGUUACACAUCAAGGUAUCAGAUCUUUAGGUGUGAAGUGACUGAAGGAGACAAAGUGCAGGAGUUUCCCUUCAGCCCUCAGUCCUCAGGUGAGAAACCAGCUGAGAACAUGCUGAGCUGUUUAAAGUCACUUCCAACUGAUGAGAAUAAAUACUUAAAAUAUUAGAUUGUUUUAUGGAGUUGAAGUUUUAAUAUUAC